AUGUCAGCACCGAAGCCCAUUUCUCGGCUUGUUUCCCAUGUCAUCCUUGAUUUGGAUGGCACCCUCUUAAACACAGAUUCCGUUGUAAGUAAGGUGGUAAAACCAUUUCUUGUCAAAAAUGAGAAAACGUGGGACAGCAAGAAAGCUCACAAGCUAGUUGGGAAGACACCUUACGAAGCUGCAGCUGUUGUUUUAGAAGACUAUGGGCUCCCUUACUCUGCAGAAGAGUUCCUCUCAAUGAUUACUCCAGUGUUGAGUGAACAGUGGUGCAACAUAAAAGCUCUUCCAGGAGCUACUCGGCUGCUAAAACAUUUAAGGAGUAAUGGGGUGCCUACUGCUUUGGCUUCAAACUCACCAAGAUCUAACAUAGAAGCCAAAAUUUCAGGCCAUCAAGGAUGGAAAGAGUCUUUCUCUGCAAUUGUUGGUGGAGACGAAGUAGAGAAGGGGAAGCCAUCCCCAGAUAUAUUUUUGGAAGCUGCUAAAAGAAUGAACGCCACUCCUUCAAAUUGCCUAGUAAUCGAGGAUUCCCUGCCAGGUGUUACAGCUGGGAAAGCUGCAGGGAUGCAUGUCAUAGCUGUACCUUCAAUACCCAAAAAGGCUGUUGAGUUCAGUUCUGCUGAUGUGGUGAUCAAUUCCCUCCUUGAUGUGAGGCCUGAGAAAUGGGGUUUACCACCAUUUAAUGAUUGGAUUGAAGAUACCUUACCAAUAGAACCAUGGUUUAUCAGUGGACCAGUGAUCAAAGGAUUUGGCCGUGGUUCUAAAAUACUAGGAAUACCAACAGCUAAUUUACCUGCAGAGAACUUUUCUGAUGUAGUGUCCGAGUAUACAUCUGGGGUAUACUUUGGCUGGGCUGGACUUUCAACACGUGGUAUAUAUAAGAUGGUUAUGAGUGUUGGCUGGAACCCAUAUUUUGACAAUACUGAGAAGACAGUAGAACCUUGGUUGCUUCAUAAUUUUGGUGAGGACUUCUACGGUGAGGAGCUGCGCCUUGCCAUUGUUGGCUACAUAAGACCUGAGGCCAACUUUCCUUCGCUCGAGAGCUUGAUAGAGAGGAUUCAAGAGGAUGGGAGAAUAGCAGAGAAGGCACUAGACUUACCGAUGUAUGCCAAUUACAAAGACUCGCCAUAUCUGAGAAAUACUUUGCAACUGGGAAGUACUACUGAUGACAGCCAGGCUGAGCUGAAUUCCAAGUGA